AUGCUUGAUCCUAACAAGCGAGGUUUCAUAACCUUCAAACAAUAUAAGCAUGGUCUCGAAACUUUGGGAAUUAAUGAUUACGAUAUAAUGCCAGUUGGAAUAAGUGAUGACAAAAUCACUAAAGACACCUUCUUAUUUGAGGCGCAAAAAGGGCUGGAUUAUCUUUCCAGUACGUAUGAACUUGUUCAAGGAAAUCUAACAGCUCAUGUAGAAAAUGACACAGAAUAA